AUGGACUCUCCGCCGGGGUCCGAAUCGGCGACUCGUGUCGCGGCGAGGUCGUCCGUGAUAGAUUCACUGAAGGGUUGCACGUUGGCUGGGGUGGGGAUUCCGAAGGAGGAAUUGAGGAAGAAGAUUACUGUGCCGCAGUAUCUGAGGCUAGCGAUGAAGGAAGCGAUUGAGGCUAAGGACGUUGAUGGUGGUAGAAGACAUUUUGAGGCGACCCAUGUGGCUGGGGCUGAAACUGUGGAACUAGCUGAGGCACCGUUGGUGGUGUUUAUUAAUUCGAGGAGUGGUGGCCGGCAUGGACCGGAGCUCAAAGCCAGGUUGCAGGAUUUGAUGGGUGCAGAGCAGGUUUAUGACCUUUCAAUUGUGAAGCCUCAUGAAUUUGUUGAGUAUGGAUUGGGUUGCCUGGAGAAGUUUGCUAGACUUGGAGAUAGUUGUGCCAAAGAGACUCGUGAAAAGCUGAGGGUUGUGGUUGCCGGAGGUGAUGGUACUGUGGGAUGGGUCCUAGGGUGUCUUGGACAGCUUCACGUACAGGGCCGAGACCCAGUUCUACCAACUGCAGUUAUUCCGCUUGGUACAGGAAAUGACUUGUCCAGGAGUUUUGGUUGGGGUGGUUCCUUUCCUUUUAACUGGAAAUCAGCCAUCAAAAGAACUCUUGAUAGGGCUAGCAAUGGUCCAACUUGUCGUCUGGAUAGUUGGAAUAUUUUGAUAUCAAUGCCAGCUGGGGAGAAAAUGGAGGCACCCUAUUCUCUGAAGUGGACAGAAGAAAUUUCCCUUGAUCAGGUAGUUAAAUGA